AUGGACGCGACUGCCCGAUCUCUGGUCCUCUGGGCUGCAGUCGUUGCGCUGCUUGCUCUGUGCGGUGAUAGGUUUCGAACGUGUGAGGAAUUCGCCGAGCACACGUUGACCCAGCGCCGGCCAUCGCUGAGAAGCAGCGAGCCCGACGUGGUCUACAACAGCGUCUGGAACGAAUACUUCAUCGUCUACGUCAGUGAAGAGGUCCCAGGCCGAACGGCGAUCUAUGGCCAGAGGCUGAGCGAAGCGGGCGGCGUCAUCGGAGGCCCCAUUCAGAUCUGGGGCUACAGUGACGCGAACGAUGAGAUCGACAGCAGCCGAAAGGAGUUCCCCGUUGUGGCCUACAACAGCAAGGACGACUACUACAUGGUGGUGUGGGAGUACGACUUCCAGGGUGACGGAAGUGACUACGAUGUGGUCGGACGCAAGGUCAACAGUGACGGCACCAUGCCCGAAACGGCAGUCAUGAUCAGCUACUCGUGGGGCCGGGACGACUCGCCACACAUGGCCUACUCGCCGGUGGACAACGCCUUUGUGCUGGUCCAUGAGCUCGAAAUGCCCGAUGAGCGCGGAAUCGCAGUGCAGCGUCUCAACGCGACUCACUUGAUUGGCGAUAGCCUGCUGUUGGGCACGGACUACGUCGAUAGGGAGCCCUUCAUCACCUACCACCCGCCCACCAACAAGUUCUUCGUGGUCUGGGAGUGGGACCAGGAGAACAACCAGCAAACCGAGAUCGGCGCCGUCAUCGUCAGCGGCGUACCGCUCGCCGCAGAUAACUCGGCGCCCAACCUGGUCGGCUCGACCGUCGAGUCGAAACGUGUUUAUGAAACGCAACGCAACGGAAACGAAAUGCAGGUGACCGAGGAGGGCUACGUGUCGGUGCACGACCACGACGCCAAGGUCGCCUACUCCACCAAGGACGAUCUCUUCCUGCUGAUCUGGGAGAUCGACAGCGCGGACGGUGACAAGGAGGUGGUCGGUACUCGCAUGAGCACCGCAGCCGAGAGUCUCCAGCCCCUCUUGAUUAUCGGCUCGCCGGCGAACCCCUACGACAGGCACCCGGUCCCGGCCUACGUGCCCCAAGUCAACGAGUUCCUGGUCGUGUUCGAGAGCGGAAGGUCGGCCAACACGACUCACGUGGAGAUGGCGAGCUUCCACUCGCACACCAUGCACGAGCAUACCGUGCGGUUCAAGCUGUCGCGCACUUUUGACAACGAGCACUGGCCCACGGUGUGCGUCUCGGCGAACUGCACCACCGCGCUCACCGUGUGGCGUAGCGGUCACAACUUCGUCCCGUCGCAUCCCCCCACCGAGGACGAGCAAUACGACAACGCCGAUGAGGACUACUAUAAGCGAGAGGCCAAGAGCGCGUCAGCAGCGAAGUCGUUCGCGGCGCAUCCCGAACCUGGUACGCCCAAGCCGUUCGCCGUCAACAAGCUCAUCCCGUCGGGUGGCGACCACGGCCACAAGAGGAUGAUGCCCAUCGGCAGCAGCACCAAGCAGCGGCGUUCGCCCAAGGCCGCCGGAGAGAGUGUCGCCCAGGUGCCCGCCCAGCGGGCGCACGAUCAGGAGGUCGCCCCGCCGGCCUCCAUCCAACUGUCCCUCGUCUGUCUGCCCGGUCGCAACAACAUGUGCCCGCCCGUGGGCGGCGGCGGCGGAAGCGAUGGCGACUCCGGCGGAGGCGACAGCGGCGGCUCGCCUGCGGACAAGAGCGGUUCCACCUUCACCAUGACGAAUGUGGUGAUCAUGGUCAGCGUGAUGUUUGCGGUGAUGAUGGUGGCGGGCGUGGGCAUCUUCCUGCUGUGGAAGCACAAGCUCCGCAGCAGCACGCGGUGGGGCGGGUGGCAGCCCGUCGUGGACCUGGGCGACGGCGCGCAGUUUUCCUCCUUCCAGGCCGACAGCUUCGUCGGCGAUGACGACAUGUGA